AUGGAUCCCAACAAUUCUUCUAAUUAUCCCAACAAUUCUCAAAAUCCCAACAAUUAUCAAAACUCCAACAAUUAUCAAAACCCCAACAAUUAUCAAAAUCCCCACAAUUAUCAAAAUUCAAAUCAAUUUUUCAAUCAACAUCCUCAAAACACACCUAAUUUUGGUUUAACACCAAAUUUCAACCAAUCAUCCUUUGUUCCAAACUUUCAUCCAUAUUAUGGAACUAUGUUGAGAAAUUCAUCUCAAACACCCCCAUUUAAUGGUUACAUGCCGAUGGUUAAUGAAAUUUUUUCGAGUGGUGGUACAACUAACUUUCCCGAAUUUUCAACACAAAUAACUAUUGCUAAUGAAGAUUCAACUCCUAAGAGCAAGAAAAACCAGCAACCAUCAUGGAACACUGAACAAAAUUUGGUGCUAAUUAGUGGGUGGAUCAAAUUUGGAACAAGCAGUGUUGUCGGGAAAAACCAGAAAGAUGAAACAUAUUGGGGUCAAAUUGCUGACUAUUGUAAUGAGCAUUGCUCAUUCGAUCCUCCGCGUGAUGGAGUUGCAUGCCGAAACCGUUUUAAUUAUAUGAACAAAAUACUGGGUAAAUGGAUUGGCGCUUAUGAUGGCGCUAAGCGUCUCCAAGGAAGUGGUUGGUCCGAGAAUGAUGUUUUGGCAAAAGCGCAGGAAAUAUAUGCAUGUGGGAAGAAUGUUCGGUUCACUUUAAUGGAAGAAUGGAAUGCUCUCCGUGAUCAACCACGUUAUAGUAGUCAAGUAGGAUCUGGAAGUAGUGGAUCUAAGAGAUCUCACGAGAAUGGUGCACCUCGUAGUAGAAAAUAUGUCAAUAGAGAUCAUCCAGCUGCAAACCAAAGACUAAUUGACGACUACUUUGCCAAUGAGCCUACAUAUGACGAUGCAAUGUUUCGUCGUCGGUACCGCAUGCAAAAACAUCUUUUCCUUCGAAUCGUUGGGGACCUUUCAAGUAGUGAUAACUACUUCACCCAACGAGCUGAUGCUGCCAAGAAAGAAGGUAUAUCACCUUUAGCAAAAUGUACCACAGCAAUGCGAAUGUUAGCAUACGGUAUGACAGCAGAUGCGGUCGAUGAGUACAUCAAAAUAGGAGGUACUACUGCAUUAGAGUGCUUACGUAGAUUUUGUAAAGGAAUCAUACGAUUGUAUGAGCAAGAGUAUCUCAGAGCACCAACCCAAGAUGACCUGCAAAAAAUACUACAUGUAAGUGAACUACGGGGGUUCCCAGGGAUGAUUGGGAGUAUUGACUGCAUGCACUGGGAGUGGAAAAAUUGUCCUAAAGCAUGGGAAGGUCAAUUUACUAGGGGGGAUAAGGGAACCACCACAGUUAUUCUUGAAGCAGUUGCAUCUCAUGAUCUAUGGAUCUGGCAUGCCUUUUUUGGAUGUCCGGGGACGUUGAACGACAUAAACGUUCUAGACCGUUCACCUGUUUUUGAUGAUGUGGAACAGGGAAAGACUCCAAGUGUGAAUUUCUAUGUGAAUCAACGUCCCUAUGAUAUGACAUACUAUCUAGCCGAUGGUAUCUACCCUUCUUAUCCAACGUUCGUCAAAUCUAUUAGACUUCCUCAAAGUGAACCCGAUAAGUUAUUUGCAAAAUAUCAGGAGGGAUGUCGGAAGGACAUCGAACGUGCAUUUGGAGUGCUUCAAGCUCGUUUUAAAAUCAUCCGUGAACCAGCUCGCUUGUGGGACAUAGCCGAUCUGAGUAUCAUCAUGAGGUCUUGCAUCAUAUUACAUAAUAUGAUUGUUGAGGAUGAACGAGAUUCAUAUGCUCAACGUUGGACCGAUUUUGAGCAGUCUGAGGAAAGUGGAUCUAGUGCACCGCGAGCAUAUUCAACCGAGGUAUUACCCGCUUUUGCAAAUCAUGUGCGUGCUAGAUCUGAGUUCCGUGAUCAAAAAACUCAUCACGAAUUGCAAGCAGAUCUAGUGAAGCACAUAUGGACAAAAUUUGGAAUGUUUCAGGAUUAA